AUGGCCACAAGUAGACCAUGGAGAAGCUCGGUGCAAGUCUGGACCUUGGUGACCUGGCUGUCACAUGUUUCUGCAGCUCCAAACAUCCUCUUCAUCAUUGCCGAUCAGUUUCGUUAUGACUUGAUUGAUGAAAAGCGGACCCCUCAUCUCCAUGGACUGGGGCAAAAGGGUGCCACCUUCCUCAGGCAUUACUCGUCAACUCCCAGCUGCACGCCUGCCCGUGCAGCCAUUCUGACAGGUCGAUCGCCUUGGAGGCAUGGUAUGCUUGGCUACGGGGUAGUCGCAGAAAGAUAUCCGCAAGAGCUUGCCAGAAGCAUGGCUGCCGCAGGUCUGCGGACCAGUGUCGUUGGCAAGAACCAUUUCGGUUGGAAUCGGACAUCGGGCAGACCCAUCGCACAUGAAUUUAGUGAGUUGCAGAUCUACGACGGGCUGGGAAAUGGUUUCAAAAAUGGUAGUGAGUUUGAUGACUAUGAUCGCUGGUUUCAGCAGCGGAUGCCCGGGCAAGAUCCUUUGGCCAGUGGCGGCUUGGACUGGAACUCAUGGCGGGGGGCGCCCUACGAGUACUCAGAGAGGCUGCACCCAACAGCCUGGACUGGCCUGUCAGCGCGACGUGUGCUUUCGAGUCUGUCUAGAGCGAGUGCGCCCUUCUUCCUGAAGGUUUCCUUCCACCGACCCCACAGCCCGUACGACCCCCCGGCUCGGCUGCUGAACGUUACGCCCUCUCCCGUUCGGCCACCGGCUCGAGCUAGCGACGGCUGGGACGCGCGCUUUCGGGAAUGCUCUGCCCAAGGAAGUCGGGACGCCUGGUGCGGGGAAGUGGAUCAUGACCCCCUGUCCAUGGCUAGGAGGUCUUAUCAGGCCAGCAUCAGCUUCGUGGAUGAAGAGAUCGGUUCGAUUUUGGGUCUGAUGGGCGAGCUCGGGAUCUUAAGGAACACGUUCAUUCUUUUCACCUCAGACCACGGGGACAUGCAGAUGGACCACUUCCUCUGGAGGAAGAGCUAUCCCUACGAAGGGUCGGCACACAUUCCCUUGUUGAUGAAGUGGCCGGACAACAUGCAGGCGGACUUCGUGGAUCGGGGCAGCGUCAUCUCGGCCGUGACCGAGCUCCGGGACCUGUAUCCAACGUUUUUGGACCUUGUAGGCGAAUGGAACACCUCCCACGAAGCAGACUUUGAUGGACGCCCCCUGACCUGGCUCUUGAGACGAGGAGGAGCGGCCGAGUGGCGUCAGUGGGUCGACUUGGAGCACGACAUUUGUUAUAACGAGACGAAUCACUGGAAUGCACUCACGGACGGAGCCACGAAAUUUAUCUUCCAUGCUUGCAGCGGCGAAGAGCAACUCUUCGACCUGGUUCGGGACCCGGGCGAGACCCGUGACGUGUCAAAGGACGCCGAGCGAUUCGAGCAAGUGAAGCGAUGGCGACAGCGCUUGAUCGCCCAGUUUGAUGCCGAGGGUCGCGGCCCAGAAUGGGUGCAACACGGUAUCCUGCAACGACGCUGCAGCUCCUGCCUCUACAGCCCCAACUAUCCCGGCCCCAGUGCCGACUGUCACAAGGCUUCGACUCAAGGGGACCUGCAGAUGGUCUGA